GCUACAGUCCUUCACCAUCUACAAAUACCAUCCCUCGCCCGCCUCAGCGGGACAUUUCCAUCGACUCCUCUGCCGCAUCUCUCGCCUCCUCUCAUCGCGCCACCAUGAAGAUACUGGUUGUAGGACUUUCCACACUGCUGCUGCUGGCAUUAGCGCAGACUCAAAACAACGAUACAGCGUCAACCCAGACCAACAGCACAGCCUCAACCCAGACCACGGACUUGUUUCUAGAUGUUAACUCGCAGACAGACCUUCCCAACACCACUGCCACUAAUGCAUCCGAUUUCUGGAACAACACCACAACUGGUGCUCUGGCAACCGCAGGGAUGUCCACCACCGGCUCAGCCGCUACUGCAACCUUGGCACCGACCACAAACUCAAAUACGACCUCGGCACCGGCCGCAAACGUAACUAUGAACUCAGUACCAAUCGUAGCCACAAGUACGACCUCGGCACCGACCACAGCCACAAAUAUUACUUCUGCCCCGAACACGACCACAAAUACGACCUCGGCCCCGAACACGACCACAAAUACGACCUCGGCCCCGAACACGACCACAAAUACGACCUCGGCCCCUAACACGACCACAAAUACGACCUCGGCCCCGAACACGACCACAAAUACGACCUCGGCCCCGAACACGACCACAAAUACGACCUCGGCCCCGAACACGACCAUAACUAUGACCUCGGCACCGACCACAACCACAACGACGACCACCACUACAACCACAACCUCUGCACCAACUACAACUAAAGCUACUACAACAACCACGACCCCAACCACAACCACAACCACAACCACGACCACGACCCCAACCACGAGCAAACCGGCUGCACCAAACACAACUGCCGGCUCGGCACCGACCACCACCAAAACCCUGACAACUCCGACAUCCGCUAACAUCCCUCCCUCGGCCGUGGCAACGACUACUGCACGCACCACCAGGCCAAACUGUGGCUCUCAGCUCAACGCGUCUCUGCUGAUGUCCGUCCUGCUGUGGUUUCUCUGCACCCUGUUGACCUGA